GAUUUGCAUUUUCAAAAGGCAGCAACAGACCAGAAAGAAGUGCGGAGAAUAGUCUGAUAUGCCCAGCUUCAGCUAUGGGCAGAAACUUUGUUCGUAUAAAUUAAAGUUGUACAUUGAGGAUAAAAUCUGAAUAGUUUAAUGGACUCAUAAAGACUUCCAAAAGAAGCUGGAGGGCGAAAAGAAAAUGGAGACAGAGGCAGUUUCUAAUCUUCGUCGCCAACUGAAGGAAGCAGAAGAUGAGCGGAGAAAGGCAGCACAAUAUGGCUUGCAUAUACUGGAGCAACAAAAUGAGAUGCAGAAUCAGUUAGAUCAGCUACGGAGUGAAUUGAGCACCAAAACUGAGAAAUUUGAACAAGACAAGUAUUCACUUCAGAGAGAAGUUGAGCUCAAGAAUAGAAUGUUGGAAAGCUUGAGCUUUGAAUGUGAUGCUCUUAAGCAGCAACAAAAUAUGCAACUGGACAAACAGCGAGAACAAUUUGAAAGAAUCCAUGGACAAGAAAUCAGACAACUUAAAAACAAGUUGGAGAAGCUGAAAGCAGACCUAGAUGAAACCCGACUAAGUGAGAAACAACUAAAGCACAAAGUGGAACAUCAAAAGGCAGUCAUUAAUGCCAAAUCAGAAGAAUUGCACAUGAUGUCUGAACGUGUACAUGAAACGAUGUCUUCAGAAGUGUUAAAUCUCCAGAUUGAACUAACAGAACUUGAAAGUGUGAAGGCCAGUGUUGAAGAGAAGAUGAAUGAAUUGCAAUACAGCAAAGAGCAACUAGAACUUGCAAACAGCAACCUACACAACCAGUUGGAACACCUUCAGGGAGAAAAAGAAGAGAGAGAAAAAGAAAUAGUUUCUUACUGCAAUGCAUUAGAGAAAGCUCGUGAAGCUAACCAGGCACUCCAAGGUCAGCUGGAUCAUGCACUGCUUCAGGCUUUGGACCCUACCAGUAAAGGCAAUUCUCUGUUUGCAGAGGUGGAGGACCGUAGGGCAGAAAUGGAACGUCAGCUGAUCAGUGUGAAAGUAAAAUAUCAAUCACUACAAAAACAGCAUGCAUUCACUAGAGAACAAUUGCAAAGAAUGAAGCUACAAAUGGCUACGCUGCUGCAGAUGAAAGGUUCUCAGGCAGAACUUGAGCAGCUAGAACGCUUGCAGUCAAUGUUAGAACAAAAGAAUGGUGAAAUAGAAGAUCUUCUAAUGAAAGUGAGGCAACUGGAGAAAUUUAAGAAUUUAUAUGAGAACAUGGAAGAAUCAAAACCUUCUAGUAGCAGUUCAAGAGGUGGAGAAUUUGGAGAUGGCUAUUAUACAGAUCUGCUUCAAAUGAAACUUGAGAACUCCAAUAAGGAGACCGAAACUUUGAGAAACGAACUGUCCUUACAGAGGAUGAAAGCUUUGUAUGAGAGCCAGAGGGUUCUGGAGGUAGAAAGGAAGCUUUUUGCCAAUGAGAGGCACCUGCAGGUUUGCCAAAGUGAGAACAUGAACUUGCGAGUUAUGCUGGACGAGCUGAAAAUGAAGUAUGAACCUGAAGAAUUAAUUAAAAUCCCUAAAAGCAUAAAAAGGAGGGAGAAGAUUCCAGUGGACAUGACUGCUGAACCUGUAGAUAGCAAAAAUGCUACAGUAGAGGAAACUCCUCACUUUUCAUCUCAAAAUAAGGAAGAAAGAAAGAUAUGUUCCAAGAACUUGGAGCCAAGUGAUGCCCCUCAAAGAAAAUAUGUACUUGUGCCAGCGCCAACGAACUUCACGCCUCUUCCAGCAACACAGCUAAAGGCUGAACCUGAGAAGGACAGGAAAAGAGUUAAAAUCAAAGAAGAUAACACCAAAGGUUCAAGUGAAAGAAAUGGAAAUAACUCUCUAACUCCAGUUGCCUGCAGGUCAGUGUCAUCUUGUGUGUAUGCUUAUGGCAAUCAGCGCAGACCUGCAUCUGUUUUUUUUCGCUGCAUGAACUUUGCUAUCCACUUCUUUAUCUAUUUUCUCAGUGUUGCAUGCAGUGUAAUUCCUCAGUUCCGGCUGCCUACACUCAACUUUUCAAAAUCCUUUAAAAAGGCUAAAAUGAUUGCUAAUGAAAAUGACUCUUAGAAUCAUGAACCUGGAUCUUGGGAAAAACUGAUUUUUAAGGUUUACUGUUGUUCAAAAUAUCAGUGUUUUGAUUUGUAUAUCUUUAACUUAACCAUGAUAAAUCAAACUUCAUUUGCAGAGGCUUCAAUAUGAGGCUUCUUUUCAUGGUCUGUUUGAGGCUGCCAUACAAAACUAACCAUGGCAGGGCUUUAGGGAUUGCAUUCCAGGAGUCGUUUGAAAACUCAAGACUUAAAAUAAUACAUAACCUAAAAUUUGCACUUCACAAAAAAAAUGAUUACCAGUAGCUUUCAAAUGACUUUUUAUUAUUCAAGAUCAUGUUUUAAUGGAUUAUGUAAUAACUUUUUGUUUUGAAAACUAAUAUUUGUCAAAAUUACUAAAACUUUCACCGUUUUAUUCAAAAUUUAAGUAAUGAUUGAUAGAGACCUAGCACUAUGUACAGAGGUCCAACGAUUUUGUCUUUGUAAAAGGAAUGCUACUUUCUGUUUUCUGUUCAAGUUAAUAUUCUCAUGUGGGAGCAUGUGUGGGUACACAGAAAUCAUGUGAAGGCUAAUAUUAUUCCUUUGAGCUCUUAUGACAGGUCAAAAAGUUUAUGUAAGUAAAACUAGAGAGAGCCAACAUUUUCUGAUAUUUCAGGUCAGGCUCUGCACACAAUAGAGUGUAGCCAUGUUGAGAAGAUUGCUGAGUGAAACCAUUCUGGAAGGAGGGUGGAAUAGAAUGUUGAGUGGGGGAAAAAAAGAACACUUUUUAAAGGAAAUUUAGCAUUUUCCAUGAAGUGUCCAGCUGCCUGACUGCUUUUCUCUUUACCAUGUUCUUGCCUCAGUCUUUCAACUUAGUAUUGCAUAUAGCUCCCCGUGGGGCAAGAUAGUUUGCCAGAAAAUAAUUGCUGCAGGAAUGUGAGCCACUCCCUUUAAUGCUGACUCUGUCUCCUUUAUAGUCCCCCUCAGAAACUUCGCUUUUUUCCCCUCCUCUCUUGUUUCUGAAAUAUUUUUUUUUCUUAGGCUUCUAUUUAGCGUUGUUCAUGGUACAGCAUAAUGCUUUAUAUUGGAACCAUAUAUAUUACAAUCAAACAUAAUACAAACUGUUUCCAAAGCAUAUGGAAAUUAGAUACAGAACUAUGCUGAAUGAAUGUUAUGGUUGUGAGGUCAAAGUUAGGAAAUGCUAGAAGUAAAGAUUCCUGUGCAACCUCUUUAUUGCUUCCUUGUAUGGAUAUAAUUAGAGGCAAUUAAAAUGGCGCGAUCACAAUAUUUUUUUGCAAAACUCAAGUCUCAUUCACUGCACUUCAUAACUACCCUGUUUUAUAUUUACACUAUUUAGAGAAGCUUUAAAUAUAAGUUCAGAAAAGAUCUGAUGAAUAAUAGGAGGAUAUACUGAGAAAGCACAAUGGGUUGUAAGAUUGCAUCAUCACUGCGUUGGAAGAACUUGCUGGUUCCAUUUUAAUUAGUAGGUUACAUGGACUGGGGGUAGUAAGGCUUUGCAUGAUGAAGAGGCUGUGGCUUGGGAAGUGGGAUUACUGGAGGCAUUACAUAUAUGCAGAAGCAUGGAAAAGGGCUUGGGUGAGAAGAAAAUCAAGGCAGCCUCAAGUCUGUCAUGAGAAGAACAGAGGGGAAUAUGGCAAGACAAAAUCAGAUAUUGGUCAGGGAAGAGAAGAGGGACUUAAAUGCUAGAAGAUGAUGCUUAGUAUUGGCAUUAGUUACUAGAGUACCUUUUUAAUGGGUGACAGUGGGCUUACUAACAAACUAAAUUGUGACAAGUGUCUGUUUCAACGCAUGUGGAAAAGGUCGCAAAGGUUCAGUUAAGUGCACAUACAACUUGUAAGAAAUAUAAGGAACGCAAAGGUAAUUAUUGGAUUCUCCUUCUGGCGUGUGUGGUAUAAUUCAGAUAUUGAAUGUUUUGGUUUGGGGGGCACAAUUUGUGAGCUUCCAAUGUAGUUAGAGUAGAAUCUCUCCCCUCCCAAACAGUCUUAUGAGCUUAUUGUCCAACUGAUUUUAAGUAAAUUAGUCACAAAUACUGACUCCCACAUCCCUUAUCUAGGAGAAAGGUGAAGAGGAAUGAGCAGGAAUGUCAAAAAUUGGGAAGGCCUGAGAGGGCCAAAUUGGUUAUAAUGGCUUUUCGAGUUUCGGGCCUCCAUUGGGGCCAUCUUGCCUUAUCUAGAAGGGAAGGAAGCACUUAAAGCUGGAUAUGAAAGAGGUGCCCAGGUAUGACUAACUGAUGAAGCAACAUCAGCAGGCUUUGGAGAAAGUAACAUUAAUAGUUCAUGGGUUAAUGGAAGGCAGUUAAAAUGUGUAGCAUUUCUGAGGGUGAAAAGGUGGAUUAGAGAAGUCAGCUGUGGGUUUGAAGGGAGGAGGAAGCCAAGUAGGAAAGUGUGUCUGACAAAUGGAGGGUUUGGGGA